AGAAGAGGGCUGCGAUUCCCCACUGUUCUAGCCGAUUGUUACUGGUUUCAAGUUUGCGUUCCCACUUGGCGUGGGCUAUGGCAAGAAGAUUUCAGCUAAAGCCACAGGCGUCUGCCUUGAGGAAAAUGGAAAUUUGGUAGCAUGUCCCUCCUUCGCCGAACAAACAUCCCCUAAUGGUACCGCCAACGCCGACAGAAGAGUGUUGCGAUUCCACUUGGGGCGAACGAUUUGUUCAGGCAAUCGUAGCUGGUCUUCGAAGUGCCUUCUCGUUCGGUUCCGGCCAUCGCCUAUGCCUGCCAAAGACUCUGGUAUUAGCCUGUCCCGUCCAAGCGGGGGCCUUCCAGCUCGCGCCUAUAUUCCCCUUCGCUUUUAAUACUCUACUCUUUUCAAUGUUGCAGUCCUGGUUCCCCGACACACCCAGUGAAUAGUAUACCGCUCCCCGGAAGGAAAGGACAGGCCGCUCCAGUAAGAGUUCAUGUUGGCGAGGGUAGAAUCCUGCGGUCUCCCCUCGGUCUUGACAGGGGCAGUGAGUUGGUUGCUAAGAACAAGGUCUCCGAAGCCUUCUGCACCUACGUCCGUGGCCAGAACUGGAGGGCUGCCAAUGCCUACAACGCCCAGGGUUGCCACCACAAGAUGGGUUCCGCAGGCCGCUUCACCGUUGGUCCACGUAGCUGCGCUCGCCUUUGCUGCAUCGCUGGUGAUCAAGUCCGAAUCCGCAAUGUCGCUUGUUCUCCUUCUACUAGAGGUAGAGAUGCAGGAGUUGCCGAAGGAUGUUGCUUUAGACUUUGUCGAGGGUGGUGGCCUCGGCUACCGGGCCGUCUUCCCUGAACAUCUCUGCGACCGUCCUUGGUUCCACGACAUAUUUCGAGGAUAUUGGCUGGUGUAGGAGAGAGUUGCUGGGGCGAAUCUUCCGCGGGCGGGGCUUGGUGAUUGAUGGGCUUGGAGUUUACGUUCGGAGAGAGGUCUCCGGCUAAUGCCAUGUAUGAUGAGAAGUCAU